GGAGCCGUGAAAUGAGUCUGGGAGCGGGGUGUUUACCCAGUUCCUCGUGGAGAGGCUGCGAACUGGUACUUAGUAACCUCGGGACGUGAGUGGGCUUGGAAAUACCGUCCCGUUUAGAAACUUGGAGAAACCGAGUCCUUCGAAAACUAGGGACUUCACCCAGGGGCUGCAGACUUCCAAAUACUCGGCCGAGCCCACUUUGUUCAGACGUCAGGGCGGAAUGCAGGGGUGGAGUCGGAAGCCGGCGGGCAUAGGGCACUGUUUUGGAUCGUCUGGGCCAACCCGCGGGCGGGAUCGGCUCACGUGACCGGCCGGGCCCGCUGCCACGUGGGCGGGUUGUGGGGGCUCCCUCCAGCUGCCAGUGUGGGAACCAUCAAAGGUUGCCCCCCGGACCUUGAUUACUGUCCGUCAAUGACUUCUGCCGACGCUGCGGUUCCGCGCGGCGGGGACGCGCACAGGACUAGUGACAUCUAGGAAACCGAUGGGGAGUUGCGGCCUCACCCUUCCUUCCUGUUUUCUUUCCUCCUCCACAGCCGGUUCCUGUUGGGCCGUGUGGGGUCCGAAGGCCGCAUCUAGUCUCUAGCCGAGCUCCUGUAGGUCUGAGACCGGCCGAGGGUGUACCCCAGCCAUGGCUCAGCCCCUGGCUUUAGUCCUGGAUGUCCCAGAGCCCACAGGGGACGGAGACCUGGAGCCCAGCCCCUAUGAGGAGAGCGAGGUGCAUGACUCCUUCCACCAACUCAUUCAAGAGCAGAGCCUCCGGGUGGCCGAGGAGGGGCUGGAGCUGCUGCCCUUGGUCCCAGGCAGAGGUCACCAGACCCUCCCAAGGCCUGAAGGUGCCCAGGUCCACAGCUCGGCCACGCUCCGCAUCCUGGCCAGCAUGCCCAGUCGCACCAUUGGUCGCAGCCGUGGGGCCAUCAUCUCCCAGUACUACAACCGCACAGUGAGGCUCCGGCACAGGAGCAGCCGGCCUCUGCUGGGGAGCGUGGCCCGCUCUGCCCGUCCCAGCCUUCGUCAGUAUGACCUGGAGCUGGACCACACCGUCUUGGAGGAGGAUGAGAAGCGGAGUCUGCUGGUGAAGGAGCUUCAGGGCCUGCCGAUGGCCCAGCGAGACCACAUGGUCAGGAACAUGCCCUUGAGCCUGGGCGAGAAGCGCUGGCUUCGAGAGAAAAGCUGGAGUCCCAAGGGAAAUCGGAGGGACCAGCAGGGCCGUGGUAGGGCCAUCUCCUGCUGCCGCAGACUCAGAUACGCCUGCAUUCUGGCUCUGCACAGCCUGGGACUGAUGUUGCUUUCGGGACUGUAUGCAGCCAGGCCGUGGCGCUACGCUCUGAAACAGAUCGGAGGCCAGUUUGGCUCCAGCGUCCUGUCCUACUUCCUCUUCCUCAAGACCUUGUUGGCUUUCAACGCGCUCAUGUUGCUGCCUCUGCUGGCCUUCCUCGUGGGUGUGCAGGCUGCCUUCCCGCCUGACCCAUCAGGCCCGGUCCCUGCCUUCUCUGGUCUAGAACUCCUCACAGGCGGGGGCAGCUUCACACACACCGUCAUGUACUACGGCUACUACAGCAACACCACGCUGAGCCAGCCGUGUGGCUCCCCACGGGAAAGUGGCCAGUGCAGCCCUAGGUUGGGCAGCCUGCCCUACGACAUGCCACUGGCCUACCUCUUCACGGUGGGGGCCGCCUUCUUCAUCACCUGCAUCACUCUGGUGUACAGCAUGUCCCACUCCUUCGGGGAGAGCUACCGGGUUGGCAGUACCAAAGGCAUCCAUGCUCUCACGGUCUUCUGCACCUGGGACUACAAGGUGACUCAGAAGCGGGCCUCCCGGGUCCAGCAGGAUAGCAUCUGUACUCAGCUGAAGGAGCUGCUGGCUGAAUGGCAGCUGCGGGAGCGGCCCCAGAGUGCAUGUGGGCAGCUGUGGCAGGUCGCCAUGCUAGGUCUGGGGUGGCUGUUGUGCCUGGGCGCCACGGUGGGCUGUGCAGUGGCCGUUCUUACCUUCUCAGAGGUCAUGAUCCAGAGACCCACCGCUGGUGGCCAGGGGGUGGAGCUGCUGGCCCUGCCCCUGGUGGUCAGUGUCCUUAAUCUGGGUGCCUCCUACCUGUUCCGUGGUCUGGCCACGCUGGAGCGGCAUGAGUCCCCCGUGCUGGAGGUGUACAUGGCCAUCUGCAGGAGUCUCAUCCUCAAGAUGGCUGUCCUGGGUGUGCUUGGCUACCACUGGCUGGCCCGCAGGGUGGCCAAGCUGCAGGCCCCGUGCUGGGAGGACUUUGUGGGCCAGGAACUGUACCGCUUCCUGGUCGUGGAUUUCAUCUUCAUGCUCUUGGACUCCCUUUUUGGGGAGCUGGUAUGGAGGCUCAUCUCAGAGAAGAAGCUGAAGAGGAGGCAGAAGCCAGAGUUUGACAUUGCUCGGAACGUUCUGGACCUGAUUUACGGGCAGACCCUGACCUGGCUGGGUGUCCUGUUCUCGCCGCUCCUGCCCGCAGUGCAGAUUCUCAGGCUGCUGCUCAUGUUCUAUGUCAAGAAGGCAAGCCUGAUGGCCAACUGCCAGGCGCCUCGCCGCCCCUGGUUGGCGUCACACAUGAGCACGGUCUUCCUCACGCUGCUCUGCUUCCCGUCGUUCCUGGGCGCAGCCGUUUUCCUCUGCUAUGCCGUCUGGCAGGUGAAACCCUCAAGCACUUGCGGCCCCUUCAGGACUCUGAACACCAUGUACGAGGCUGGCACGGUCUGGGUGCAUCGCCUGGAGCGGGCAGGCUCUGGGGCCUCAUGGCUGCCCUGGCUGCACCACGUCCUGGUGGAGAACACCUUCUUCCUUUUCCUGGUGUCGGCCUUGCUGCUGGCUGUCAUCUACCUCAAUAUCCAGGUGGUGAAAGGGCAACGAAAGGUCAUCCGCCUGCUCAAGGAACAGAUCCGGAACGAGGGCGAGGACAAGGUCUUCCUCAUCAACAGGCUUCACUCUGUUUACGAGGAGGGGGAGCGGAGCAGGCCUGGCAGAACCCAGGAGGAACCUUGUAACCCCAGUCACCACGACCCUACACGCAGAGACCUGGACCUGAGGUCCCCACAGGACCCAGCAGUGGAGUGACUUUCCAUAAACUCCUUGAGACAGGAUCUAUUUACACAGCCUUGGCUGUCAUGAGUUUACUAUGUAGACCAGGCUGGCCUGGGAUUCAGAGAUCUUCCUGCCAAGUACUGGAAUCAAAGGCAUGUGCCACCAACUUUUCUUUUUCUUUAAACUCUGAUUAAAUGGUUUUGCAGUA